AUGUUUAACUCUCUGCCUGGUCACCAAUGACGUAACAACAUCGAGAGAAUAGGAGGAGGGUUUGGUAGAGAGCCCGCCACUCGGUGAAGAGGAAACGCCGCGUGUGGAUCAACAGAGAGACGGCCGGUUACGCGUGGCGCUCGUGGUGGGAGCACUCGCCUGUUGGUGCCUAACUCGACAAGGAAGAGGAGGAGGGUUUUGGCAGACUCCGUGUGUUGCGUGUUGUGUGUGGUUAUGGGAUCUUGCGAUGCGGGGGAUCUUUGUUGACCGAGCCUCGCGGGGAGCGGUGGCGUUGCGGUUAGCGCUGCGCUGCGCCACCAACCCCGGCCACCCGAGUUCAAUUCCUGCUCACGACGAUUAUCCGAACCGGUUCUUGGCAUCUCCGAGGUCGACGCGGCCUCAAAUGAGCUCCCGGUGCGCCGCGUAACGUAUCACCACUUGGGGAAGACAAAGGCGUCCGGGCGUGGUGCCGACUACCCCAACCCCGUCGUGUGCCACAGUGCCGGCCUCCACAGGUGCUACUCGCUAACGGCACUUGUCCCAGAAGUCUGCUGAGGCUAUACGGGGCUGGGGAGGAACUUUGUCUUUUCUUUUGUUUCUCCGCCUCUCUUGAGUUUCGUGUUGCCGAUGGAACGGCCACUGCGCCCUGCUGCUGUCCGCGUGAAGAGGGGCCAAUGGGUCGCAUUCAAUCGGCCGCGACGCCACCGAGUCCACAGCCACCGCCGCUAGAAGAAGAAGAGGAGGAGGAGGAAGACUUCGACGUUUUGUCUCGGCCGUGCGAGCGCGUCUCUUCCGUGGCGGGUCGGUGGCUUUGCGACUCGGCCACGACCGCUCCCACUGCUACGAGUGAGCCCAGGUGCCAGCAGACCAGGCGGAACGAUGCUUCCCAGUUUCUGGACCACACCCAUGGCAACCUUCUUGCUGUGCUCCCUGCUACCCAUCGCUGGAUGGGCGACACCAGACAGAGAUCGCGAGCCCUUGGGGUCAGCGUUGGGCUCGGCAGAAGCAGCAGCAGGGACGGCGUUAACAUUACCGGUGCAGUCAACCGGGGGGUCAGUAUUGAGGUCAAGAGGGAGGUCAGCAACAGGGCCAGCGGGAAGAUCACCAGCAGCAUCAGCAGCAACGGCUUCAUCGUCGGUGUCAUUGGUCGAGUCACUAGCCGGGUUAUUGGACGAGUCAAGAGUGGCGUCAACGGCUAGAUCAUCCGCCAGAUCACCAGCUGGGACACCAGCUACGCCACCGUGGGAGUCGAGAAGGGACGAGUCACCGGCUGGUUCAUCAGCUGGGUCAUCGGCUGGGUCAUCGGCUGGUUCAUCAGCUGGGUCAUCGGCUGGGUCAUCAGCUGGGUCAUCGGCUGGGUCAUCGGCUGGUUCAUCAGCUGGGUCAUCGGCUGGGUCAUCAGCUGGGUCAUCGGCUGGGUCAUCGGCUGGUUCAUCAGCUGGGUCAUCGGCUGGGUCAUCAGCCGGGUCAUCAGCUGGGUCAUCGGCUGGUUCAUCAGCUGGGUCAUUGGCUGGUCCAUCGGCUGGUUCAUCAGCUGGUCCAUCGGCUGGGUCAUCAGCUGAGUCAUCAGCUGGGUCAUCAGCUGGUCCAUCGGCUGGGUCAUCAGCUGGGUCAUCAGCUGCAUCUGGUCCAUCGGCUGGGUCAUCAGCUGGGUCAUCGGCUGGGUCAUCAGCUGGGUCAUCAGCUGGUCCAUCGGCUGGGUCAUCCACGGGGUCGGUGGAGGCAGCCGAGAACUGCAAGCUGACGGACUCGCACGCGGACUGCUCGGGGCGCAGGCUGACGCGCGUGCCCCAGGGGCUGCCGGCGAACAUCUCCUCGCUGGACCUGUCGCGGAACGAGCUGGCGGAGUUGGGCGAGCGGGCAUUCGGGCGCUACCCGGUGCUGCGCCAGCUCAAGCUGCAGUUCAACGUUAUGGCGCGCAUGCACGACAGCGCCUUCCUUGGCUGCAACGCCCUCGAAGAGCUCGACCUCUUCAACAACAGCCUCACGGUGGUGCCCGACGCUCAGCUGUUGCCUCUGCUCGGCAGCCUGCGCAUGCUCAACGUCUCGAACAACAUGUACCAGCGCGUCGAGCUGGGCACCACCUUCUCGCGCCUCACCUCGCUGCGCCACCUGUGGCUCGGCGGCGAGCUGGUGUCGGACGUGAGGGCUGACGACCUCGCGGCCCUCCGCUCGCUCGACUUGACGAUCUUCUCCCUCAAGACCGGGCAGGGCUUCCGGAGUUAUGAGCCGGGUGCCCUGGCCUCGCUGGCCGGGAGCGCCAAGCCGGCCAUCACCCUGGACUGUGACUUGGACGCGGCGCCGACGACGGUGACGCCGAUGCUGGCCGACCUCGCGGCCACGAGCGUCCGCAGCCUGCGCUUCCGUCGCCUCUUCGCCACCAACUACUACAUGGGCGCCGACGACCUCUUCUCGCCGCUGCCGCGCCUCUCCGGCCUGCGCAACCUCGAGUUCUUCCGCGGCAAGUUCAACGAGAACCUGCACUACCUGAUCCUCAAGCACCUGCAGCGCAGCUUCGUGGAGGCAAUGGCGCUGAUCGCCGUCGACUUCACGAAAUCGGCCGUGACGGAGCGACCCCGCGUGCCUGUGGGGAUGCUGCCGUUGCGGGCGCUGGCCUUCCGCGACAUCACCAACCCGGAGGUGCUGCUGUUCGACGGCAACUUCAACUGGUACAGUAGCCUCGACGUGCUGACGAUCAACAACGUCAACUUCAACGUCAUCCCGUGCCCCGCCUGGGCCGCCAUGCGCCGCGUGGUCACGGCGGACAUCUCCAACAAUCGGCUCACGGAUUCGGCGCUCCUCAACGUGGGCUGCGACUACCGCGGCACGGUGCCACUCCUGGGCACGCUACUGCUCGCCGAAAACGCGCUGACACGGCUGGCGACGGUGGCGCAGCUGGUGCGCGAUUGGGGCGCGCUGCGCAACAUCUCGCUGGCGCGCAACUCCAUCGGCGGCGCGGUCGAGCGCUGCAACUGGAGCCAGCCGAUCGAGUGGCUGGACCUGUCGUACAACCGCGCGGCGGGCGACGUCUACGGCUGCCUGCCACUCACGCUGCGCCACCUCGACCUGUCCUUCAGCGACGUCGACCGGCUCGACCUCGGCUACUUCGCCCGCGCCGACAGGCUCGAGUGCCUGCUGCUCAGCGGCAACAACAUCAAGUACAUCCCGUCGGGCUGGCGAGCGCCUGUCCUGCGCUUCCUUGCCAUCGACCGCAACUCCUUCGGCGUCAUCGACCGUGGCACCUUCGAGCUCAUGGUGGCCCUGCGCAGCCUGCGGGCUGACAACAACCCCUUCCAGUGCACCUGCGACCUGUGGGGCUUCCUGACGGAGGUGCGGGCCCACGACUCGCCCGUGCGGCUCGAGGGCUGGCCCAACAACUACACGUGCUACCACCCGGCGCAGCUGCUGGGCACGCAGCUCGAGCGUUUCCGACCCGGCUCGCUGGAGUGUGACGUGCGACUCGUGGUGCUGGUGUCGGUGGUGGUGACGGCGGCACUGGCGGUCGUGUGCCUCGCGCUGUGCCGCCGCUUCGACGUGCCCUGGUACAUCUGCGCAAUGUGGAACCUGCUGCGCUCGAAGCGGCGCAAGCGGAUGAGGGGGGGCGGCAGGCAGUUUGCGCCGGGGGGGCGGGACUACCGCUUCCACGCGUUCAUCUCGUACAGCCACGAGGACGCCGCGUGGGUGCGCGAGAACCUCAUGCCGCAGCUCGAGUCGGCGCGCCCGCCGCUGCGCGUGUGCGUGCACGAGCGCGACUUCACGCCCGGCAUGUGGAUCAUCGACAACAUCAUCGACAGCAUCGAGCUCAGCCGCAAGGUGAUCUUCGUGCUGUCCAGUGCCUUCGUCGACAGCGAGUGGUGCAACUACGAGCUGUACUUUGCGCACCAGCGGCCGGCGCACGACGCCAUGGAGGACCUCGUGCUGCUCCUCAAGGAGCCCAUCCGCCCCGAAUCGCUGCCCAGCCGCUUCUGCAAGCUGCGCAAGCUGCUGUCCAAGAAGACCUACCUGGAGUGGCCCGCGGAGGCCACCAAGCAGAGCUUUUUCUGGGCCCAGCUCAGGGCUAUCCUGAAAUACGAGGACGGGCUGCUGUUGGAGGACGUGGGGACUGAGGGGCUCAAGGUGGAGGAAGCCGGGGACAAAAGCCAUCCGUUUUGAGGGGGUGUCGUCGGUCCGCGGGUCUCCGGGCGGCGGCAUCUCGACCUCCUAGUUUCGCAUGUCUCUUCCUGAGCGAUGCAGAUUAGCGAGCAGGGGGUAACGACAGGCUUACUGAAGUGACUGGAUUUGGUGCUGCCGAUAAGAGAAUUGCUUUUAUUUUAAUCUGUUACCCAGAAAAGUCUGCCUCGUUCUUCUUCAGGCCUAGUUGAGAUCUUCGGUUGUGGUGAGGCCUUUAGGGUAGGUUCUGAGGCCUGGCCAGGGUCUUCAGAAGGGUGUCGUUUGAGGGGCUUGCCGUAACCUUCCAGGAAAGCCUCGCUGAGUGUCAACAUUGUCUUUCAGGAGGACCCCUGAUGGGUUGUUCGGGAGAAUUGCCACUUGUUCUGGUUGUCUCAGGAUCGCCAUUUUUUUGGCAAAUCAAUGUAUGUUGUUGGAGGAUCAGAUGUGGUGGUCACAGACUCCAGGAUUCAGUUUUCUACUCGUCUAUAGAGCCGCGGCACCAUGCUCGACUAGAAUAUAACAAGGGCUCUACACAUUCGACCACUAUUGAGUCGUGUAUCAAAAUAUCAACAAGGAUCGAGUAUUGCAACUUACUAUGCUACGGGAUGUCUGGCAAAACAUUACCAAGCUGCAGCAUAUAUUAAAUUAUUUGGCACAUGUCAUGGCGGGCACUGCAAGAUCUGACCAUCUGCUUUCAGUGCUCGUGACUCUGCAUUGGCUUCCAGUUGACGAACGAAUACAAUGAUAAUUGUUUUUUUACCCUUCUAUCUGGCAACAAAACUGACACCUUUUUUACAAGGAGUCAUGUUUGCAUAGACCACAAUACCUGCAGUCAUAAUGCAAACAAAAAACAUAACUCUGAUAAUGUGCACUGUCCUUGAAGUUGAUUGGUCCACACCCGAGACAGCUUUCCUUAGAGCCUAGUCUCACAUGUCAGUUUUGUUGCCAGAUAGAAGGGUAAAAAACCAAUUAUCAUAUUUUUUACUGGCAAAUGAGGUUCCAAUGGUGAACGAAUACAAUAUAAGUUCGCACUCAUUACACACAAAGUGCUUUCCACAAAUGAACCACAAUACCUUGCUGAUCUCGUCAAGGAACACAAACCAUCAUGCCAACUCCGGUCAUCAUCACAGCGGCUUUGGGCUAGCCAUUGAACAUAGACGGUCACCACAUCGCACGCUUUCAGAUGCGCUUCUGCCAUUGGAGCUAUGCACCUUUAAAUCUAGAUUGAAAACUAAUUUCUUUAGAACUGUCUUAUGUGUUCCGUUUGUUGUCUUUCCCCCACACCUCCGAUUAUCACGUGUGGCUACGUACGGUGCGAAAGAAGUUCAACACACAUACGUGUGUGCCGUGCCAAUGUGAGCCUUGCCAAUGUGUGCCGUGCCAAUGUUUGCCGUGCCACUAUACUCGCAUGGCGAUCUGACCCAAAAUCAAUUGCGAAUAUUAUCGGUCGCGAAGGUCCACGUGUGCUUUAAAUCCACGCUUUUUUUGAUUGUUUGACAAAAACAAACACGUCCCCAAUUUCAGUGGCAUUGGAUUAGCACCAAGCGAAAUUCUCGACCACUUUUUUUUUACAUUCCAGUGUUUCGUGAGCAGAGUCGGGCUGCUCGCUCGAACCCAAUCGACGCUGGGUUGAACUGCCAGACGCGUUUAUAGGCAAGAACCCUUUCAAGUCGGGUUCUGGGUCUUGGCUCGAGGGUGCUCUUUGCUAAAUGCCCUCUGUACGUCGAAUUGUGAACGACGGCAGAAAUCGACGUUCCCGCAGCUCACUCGCAAACCCCAUAGCUGCAGAAGUAGCUGAUUCUCCAGCGUCAGUGCCAAAGAUCUUUUCCUCAUCCGUCCCGCUGCCGUUUAGGCUGCGAGGAAGGGACACAUGGAAUCCAUUUGACAAAGAAGCCUGGGGGUUAUUUAUUUAUUCAACCAAAGCGGAUGUGCGCGUGUGUGGGGGGGGUUCACAACAAAACAAAACCAAUGUGGUUUGAGUUUGCGUUUUUUCACGACCGCAUAAGUUCUCACGGUUGUGCUGCAGAGCUCCCCGAUGUGCGCUCAGGUUGAAAGCCACUUUGUUGCUUGGCGCGAUGAUGUCCAACGUUUCGUGCCGCACGCCUUCGCGAAGCGAACCGAAGAAGCCCCCCCCUUGCCCCCCUCGCACGCGUGUGUCAAUAACGCCGCGUGCGUUUGUGUGUGUGGCCUUCAAAUGGAGAAAUAUAGAAUAGGCAUUGGCCCUUCUUCAAAUAGCACCCAAUCGAGUAGGGUCAUUUGCCCGAAACGUCGCCUAUCAUAUAUAUAUUUUACUUUCAAGGCCGUACCGGGCGUCAUAAAUGACGGAUCGCGUUGUGUUUGUUUGUCGUUUGCGCUUUGACUGUCAACGUAGCAGCGGCGGCGGCAGCAGCAGUCUUCACCAGAUCGGUUAUCGGUCAAAACACGUGAAAGGGCGUUGUGAUUGUAAAUGAACGAGGAACUUGAUCUCUGCGAUGAACAUUUGAGUUUGCUGCGGUGUAACAUCGCCAGCGUGGGGGAACUGUGAAUGUAUUAUUUUUCAGAUGGAAAUGGGUGAUGACAAAAAAAAACAAUGUUGCUCGCUUGGUUUCACAAAUCGAAAAUAUUUUUUGAGACUUUGAGUGAUCGGAGACGGUUUGAUUCAACGAGCUGGCGCCAUCAAAGCGAAAGUUGUGAUCGAGUGCUUCCUCGCGAAAAGUAAAUUGCCAGCGACAUUUUUCCUUUACCUGAGCUGUAACAAAAAACAACAACAACAGCCCUUCAGGAACGGAACCACGAACUGAAUUGAAGAAGCCCAACAUCGCGUGGACGCUUUGCAUCUCAUUUCCAGGCGCUUUGCUUUGCCAGCGGCGCGUCAGGGUCAGACCACGUGCACACACGGGGUGUGCGGAUCGACUGGAAGUUCUCGGAUAUCGUAAUGAAUGUACAAUGACUGCUCGUUUGGGAGGGCUCGCGGGAGGAAUGUGCAUCGUGUGGGGGGAGCGGUGGCGCUGGCGGUUAGCGCUGCGCUACGAACCUGACGACCCGAGUUCGAUAACCGCUCACGACCACCGCCAGUAACCGGUGGUGAUUAUCUAAAAUCGGUCCUGGGCCACCCCGCAAAUCAGUAUCUGGUGCGGUGUGUCAACAAAAAGCCACUGUGGAGACAAAGGCGGCCGGGCGUAACGCUGGCCAACCAUCCCCACGUGAGCCGUGUCAGCAUGGCUGGCUGCAUCCAUCAGUUCCCACCAGCGGUGAAAGAAUAUAUUUUGAGGCGUCUUGUCGCCAGAGAUAGGCACUUUCUAAAUGACACGUACAUUCAUUAUGUAAAGUUUACUCCGACGCGUAACUUGCUAUCAGUGUCCAAUGGACAAAGCUCAGCGUGACUACUCGCUGUAAUCCACGUCGUGUCUCUCCGGUAAUUUGAAAUUGUUACAUUCUGCCCAGCGCGAUGGCGGGGAGGCUGUUACACAGAGGUCGCAAACGGGUUUUGAUUCCUUACCCGUACCCGGCCACACCAGGGUCACAAACGGGUACCCGUACCCUACCCGAUAUCCGGCUACCCGUAUGGGUAUCGGGUAGGGUACGGGUAUCGGGUACCCGAUUGCGACCUCUGGGAUGAAGUCAUGUUGCAGGCACGGGUGGGUUGAUUCUAGGAACUUGAAUUGUGAGAAGAGACAAGACGUUGGGAAAUGAGUGACAAACGGUUACUCACCAGUGACUCACGGCCUUCUCACUCAUUGGUUGGGGUGAGUCACGUGCGGCUACUAGGGCCGGGUACGGGUAGCCGGGUAUCGGGUAGGGUACGGGUAUCGGGUACCCGGUUGCGACCUCUGCUGUUACAGCAUUUCGGAUGGGACGAAGAGCGCCACGCGGUCGCUCCAGUUGUGGACGCCGCGACCCGUCUCUCGAGCGACGCGAUUGGUUGUUUGCUGCCACAACUCGAAAGUGUUUUGCGACGAGUAUUUCUGUGUCAGUGUUACGUUUAAAUCAGUGUUAAUCGUUUACCAAACAGAUGUGUGUGUGUGUGAUUUCUUUUUGCCCGUUAUUGAAGAGCAACGUUACUGCCCGCUUACACUUGCCCAGACAGCGGCGGCUUGUGACGUCGCCUUGUGACGUCGCGUUGUGACGUCGCCUUGUGACGUCGGCUUGUGACGUCGGCUUGUGACGUCGCGUUGUGACGUCGCGUUGUGACGUCGCCUUG